CAAAGCGCAUCAAGCUACCCACGGAUCCUACCUAACCUUGGGUCAAUAUAGAUUUGCACGUUAUGGGGGCUUGGCGCCUUUGGGCGCAACUUACGGUACUGGUAUCUGGAUACCGGUACUUUUGCAAUUGGCGAGUAAUAUCGCGUGCCAGAGUCGCUAGCAAUUCUCUAAUGAUCUCCAGGAAUAUUAGAUUGAUACUUGGGGAGAUAUUUGAAAGGAUUUUGCACUCUACUAUCAAAACCCCCCCCUUUUUUUUUGAUGCUCUUGUAGCGUCUACACUUGUUUUUCAGCUAGGACUUUUUGGUUGUGGGCGUGAUAUGAACGGUCCUUGACCUACUUGAGUAUAUUCGAGUACAGCUUGACUGCGGUACUAUACCGGUAUCGUCCCGAGAGGGAUGUAGUAAUAGGCGAUAAUUAAGCUCGCUAGACCCGAUCUCUCUGCUCUUUGUAUGAUACAUAUUUGACAAAAAGAGAAAUAUCUACACACCUGAGGUGGAGCCGCGCACCC